UCCAAAUCGGACCCACCUCAACUUGAACGUGCGGCGAGACGGCAAGACCAUUGCCAGGGAAACUUGGGUCCAUCCGAACGAGGGCGCGUCACCACCACAGAUUUACCUACCCUGCAUACACGUCACAGUUCACAAUUCUCCAACCAUCUACAACCUCGUGCUAUGAGAACGACGUAGGCGGGAUGAUUUGAUUCAAAUGACAGCCGGAGCAACACUAUUCGCAGGAUGAUGUCCUCCACUAACGAUGGGGACCCGUUCCUCCAGGUUCAACAAGAUGUCCUUACACAGCUGGGCUCAGCCCGGCCUUUAUUCGCCUCAUACCUACGGAUCCGAUCACUGAGCACGGCAGCAACAUCUCCCGAGCUGUCGUCGGCGCGGUCCGACCUUGAAUCCGCCCUAUCAAGUCUGGCAGAAGAUCUAGCCGACCUGGUCGAAUCGGUCAAGGCCGUAGAGGCUAACCCAGCAGCUUUCGGCCUUGAUGCUGCCGAGGUGACCCGCCGGAAGCGGCUUGUGCAGGAGGUCGGGGGCGAGAUCGAGGACAUGCGAGAGGAGCUUGCCAAGGCCACGGCGGCCGCCGCUGCGUCAGGGACGGGCAAGCGGUCCGCGGCCGGAGGUGCCAAGAACAGCGCGGGUGGUCUGCCAAACCCUGACGAUUUUGCUGUUCCUGAUGGGGACGGCGCCGACAACUAUGCCGAGUUUGAACAGCGGCAACAGCUUACCAUGAUGCGCGAGCAGGAGGAGGACCUGGACGAGGUGUUCCAGACAGUCGGAAAUUUGCGCCGGCAGGCGGAUGAUAUGGGCCGUGAACUCGAGGAGCAGAGAGAGAUGCUCGAAGUGGCGGAUGGCCUUGCGGACCGCGUCGGCGACAGGCUGCAGACUGGUAUGCAGAAGAUGCAGUACAUCAUCCGGCGCAACGAGGAUCGGUGGAGUAGUUUCUGCAUAGGGGUUCUCAUAUUUGUACUAAUCUUGUUAUUGAUCUUGUUGCUUGUGUUAUGAUGGGUUUACUUUAUUUUUAAUGCAACUGGGACUCUUGUUUGCUGGUUUGGUUUUUAGCUGCAGCUUUGGAGGCGAAUGUUUGACGGGUAAGACAGGUCCAGGUUAGCGACUAGUCUCUGCCAAUGGACAACUAAUUUGGAAAAUACCGCAA